UCCAACAACUCGCUCUCCCCUCGUCUCUCCCGUUUCGGCGUUACUUUCCUCCUCGCUGUUACCGUUCCGUUUUACUUCUCCUCGUCUUCUCCGCUCGUUGGAAAUCUCCUCUUCUCCACCCUGCUUCCCUCACCGGCCGAAGACGGUCGGCGCCGUGGCCUUCCUCCUUCACACUGUUUCCUGGCUGGAGGGCGCUAUUCCGCCACGUGACGUCCUACUCCGGCCGGCGGUACCCACAGGGACGGCAGAUUCGGAUCUCUCUGAUAUUCGGACCUGGUGGGAGGGUAAUGUGGGAUCUCUGAUUCCCGCACCACUGGCGGAGGCUUCAUCGGAUGCCCUCUCGAUUCCAGAGGCGGAUGGUGGAGGAGGGGUCGUGACGAAUCCGCGAUCGGUUUCAUAUGGUGGAAGGAAGGUCUUGCAUAUCUAGGGAAGUUAAAAUGGGUUAGAAUUGUUGAAACUCAAAAAGCUCCAACUGAAAUAGUCUGGAUUUGUGCCUUCUGCUAUUAAUUCAGCCACUUUUAUGUCCGAAAUUAGAGAAAAUACUUUAAGAACUUCAGCGCCAUGUGGUACUAGGAUGCUCAGGAAUGCUGAUACUGAUGCAUUUUCAGAUGUUAGUGGUUCUAUCAAGGAUGCCUUUUGCAAGAAUCCAGCGAAGAAAUUUUGCAUGUCCAACCUAGAAUGGAUUGAAAAGAUUCCAGAAUGUCCUAUAUUUCACCCCUCAAGGGAGGAGUUCAAGGACCCAUUAGAUUAUCUUCAACAGAUUGCUCCUGUUGCAUCAAGAUACGGUAUAUGUAAGAUCAUUUCCCCUAUUAGUGCUUCUGUUUCUGCUGGUGCUGUCUUAAUGAAGGAGCAAAUUGGGUUUAAGUUUACUACCAGAGUGCAGCCUCUACAUCUUGCUGAGUGGGUUGUAGAUGACAAGGCCACAUUUUUCAUGAGCGGAAGAAAGUAUACAUUUCGGGAGUUCGAAACGAUGGCAAACAAGUAUUUUUCUCAAAGAUAUUAUAGUUCUGGAUGUCUCCCAACUAAGUUUCUGGAAGAACAAUUCUGGCAUAAAUUUGCAUUUGGCCAGACAGAGUUAGUUGAGUAUGCUUGUGAUAUUGAUGGAAGUGCUUUCUCAUCUUCUCCUAGAGAUCAACUUGGACAAAGUAAUUGGAAUCUUAAGAGAUUUUCUCGUCUAUCGAAGUCUGUACUACGGCAUCUGCAAUAUGCAAUUCCAGUAAGUACCCCUUUUGCAACCAGUGUUUCCAUAUGCUUUUUGUCUUCAUCACUAUUUUGUGGUUUGCUGAAGGGAGUAACAGAUCCAAUGCUUUACAUCGGGAUGGUCUUUAGUAUGUUUGCUUGGCAUGUUGAAGAUCAUUAUCUAUAUAGCAUUAAUUAUCAUCAUUGUGGAGCUUCCAAGACAUGGUAUGGAAUCCCAGGUCACUCUGCUCCAGACUUUGAAAAGGUGGCCCGGAGUCACAUUUAUAACUCUGACAUUUUGCAAGCUGAUGGAGAAGAUGCAGCUUUUGAGGUUCUUUUAGGGAAGACCACGAUGUUCCCUCCAAAUAUUUUGUUAGAACAUGAUGUUCCCGUUUAUAAAGCCAUACAAAGACCAGGAGAAUUCAUUGUCACCUUUCCUCGAGCUUAUCAUGCAGGUUUCAGCCAUGGAUUCAAUUGUGGCGAGGCUGUAAAUUUUGCUAUUGGUGAUUGGUUUCCAUUAGGUGCUGUGGCUAGCCAACGAUAUGCAGUUCUUAACAGGAUUCCAUUACUUCCGCAUGAGGAACUCCUCUGUAGGGAAGCAGUGCUGCUUUCUAAAAGUCGUCAGCUUUCAAGAGAAGAUCUGAACUCGCAAAAAUGCAUCAAAUUAUCAUUUGUGUCCUUAAUACGCUUCCAUCACUUUGCUCGUUGGUCCCUUAUGAAAUUGGGUGCCCGUGCAUGCAAUAAUAGAGAGACUGUACUAUGUAGCAUUUGCAGACGUGACUGUUAUGUUUCUCAUGUUAAGUGCUAUUGCAUCAUCGAUCCAAUCUGUUUGCACCAUGAGAAAGAGCUUGAAAGCUGCAAUUGUGGUGUUUCUCGUUUAAUAUAUCUGAGGGAGGACAUUGUGGAAUUGGAGUCUUUAUCAUGGACAUUUGAACAUGAGGAUGAUUUAAGAGAGGAAGUGCACCAGCUGAUUCAAAAGAGUGGCAACUUUGGUAUAUGGUCAAAGUCAUUUUACAAUGCUGAAGAUGUUUAUGUUCCAUAUUGUGAGAUAAAUUUCGAGGCAAUAUCUGAAGCUAGUUGUAACAAGCAUGAAACAGUAGGAUCUAUUUUGUUUCCUAGAUCAGUGACAUCAUCGGUGGAGUUAAAACAAUGUUUAUUGCAUAAUCAUGACAUAAAAACUAAUACAGGACUAUCAUUGUGCACCAAGUUACCUGGUUCAUGUCAAUCUGCCAUGCGAAACCCAAAUAGAACUUUAAUUUCUUGUCAAGCUGGUAACAAAACUUCAGUUAGGCAAGAGAGUGAUGAUUCUGAUGCCGAAAUCUUCAUAAUCAAACGAAGAUCUACAGUCCAAAAAGAUAUAACAUCUGAGGGUAAUGUUGAUUCAAGCCACGCUGAAUAUCAGGGGCUAAAACGGUUAAAGAAGCUCCGUGAAGAAGGUAGGCAGCCAUCUCCAGCAUUAUCACAAUUUAGACAAUGUGAAAAGAAGCUUGAAGCUGCUAUCAGCAGGACUUGUAUACCAUUGCUUUCAAGAAACGGACAGGAAUCUUCUGGCGAAAAGCUUGUCAUACUUAAACAUCAUAACAAAGUUGUUGACACACCAGGCCAUUCAAACAGGAUUUCACCACUAUCUAAUGAACUUGGGCAAAAGCGUUUAAUGUCAAAGGGCAUUUUUUAUCCUAUUGAAGCAGAUAAGCCGAGGGAUUCAUCCUGUAAAUUACCAUUUCCAGGAAGCUAAUACGCUACUCGACGCACCAAUGCUAACUUCUGAUUUUGACUGGGCUCUAACAGCUGAGGAAAUGACUCGGCCAACAGAUUGGCAGCUAUUUUCCAUGUUCAGGAGGUGAUUUGGAAAGGAUGCCCGUAAUCGAUUCUUUGUGCAAGCCUCAAAUGAGACGCUGACACGAUUUGAUUCUCAAA